AUGGAAUUAAAUAUUACAUUCGUAGAUGAUUCUGCAACUCACAUAUUGACUUUUCCCAUGAAAUUAACGAUGAUCGUGAUGUAUUCAAUAAUCGCGAUUUUGGCAUUCAUAGGUAAUAUCGGAGUGUGUUUCGUGGUUAAAAAUCAAAGAACAGUUUUUCAAACGAUCAGAGUGAAACAUGCAAACCGUGAAAAUAAUAAAUUUAUAACUAACGGAGAAAAUAAUGAAAAUAAAAAAUCCUUACUUACCGAAAAAAGCGUUUACAACAUAGAUAAUGGUGGUACCACCAAUAAUUCACUGCGGUCCAGUCCAUUAAUCACUCCUAAAAACAAAUUGGAGUGCGAAAUACCAAGAAAAACUUAUAAAAAUGGGAAUGCUAAUUUGAAGUUAGCAAUGCAUCAAAAACCUGCGAUAACUAACCUCUUCAUUUUUUAUUUAUCUUGUGCCGAUAUUUUGAUGGCUCUUCUCUGCAUUCCAUUUUCGUUUGUGGCCGAUCAAAUUUUAGGGUAUUGGCCUUUCGGCCCGAUUAUGUGUCCAGUCGUGAGCUACGCGCAAGCCGUGAGUGUCAUGAUAAGCGCCUACAUAAUGGUCCUGAUAAGUAUAGACCGUUAUAACGUUAUCAUGUUUCCAUUGAGACCGAAAAUGACCCACAGGCAAGCCAAUUGGGCUAUAGCUUGUAUUUACAUUUUUGCGUUAUUGAUACCGCUGCCUAUCGCCAUUUUAUCCCGUUUGGCCUUGGAAGAGGCGCCCAUAGUACCCGUGGAACUGCAGACCCCUAACAUUUCUCUUAACAAAUAUAAUCACUCUCAAAAUCGUGUUUAUUACAAAUGCGUUGAAUCAUGGUCAUCCCACGUUAGCAAGAAAAUAUUUAGCGUAUCCUUACUUUUACUUCAAUACGCGUUUCCUUUGAUGAUAUUGACAUUCACGUAUUUCAGUAUUUGUAAAAAAAUUUGGGGUAAUGAAACUCCUGGUGAGGCCCAUGUCAUCAGGGACGAAAAAAUUGUAAAGUCAAAAAUCAAAGUUAUAAAAAUGAUGAUCACUGUUGUAAUCAUAUUUGGAAUAUGCUGGUUCCCACUUAACACCUUGAUAGUUGUAUCGGAUUACAAACCAGACAUAUUUUUAUACGAUAAAAUUCAUUACGUCUGGUUUUUCUGUCAUUGGCUAGCCAUGUCUCAUAGUUGUUGUAAUCCCUUCAUAUAUUGUUGGAUGAACUCGAAAUUCCGAAACGGCUUUAAGGACAUAUAUUACUCGUUGACCUGCAAAAAUAGGGAGACCAAAAAAACGCCCAAAUUUCAAAUACAUUCAAAUAUUCGAGCAACCAUCUCUUCGUUUUCCUCACUCAGCCAUAAACCGAAUAGACUACGGCAUUAUAAAUAUUCCUUUAAGCCCACCGGUACUAAAUAA